UGCAGAUUUAGACACAUGGAAAUGCAGCAAAACUGCAGCAUUUCAUGUUUCUGGGAAACUCAACCUCUUGGUUGUGUGAAGAUCAGUUGUAUCUUUUAUCACAGCAAACCUCGAAAUAUCAAUGGACUAUUUUUGCCACCAAGUAGCAAUAUCACACUACAGAAAGAAACUCAGGAAGGAAUUCCACCUCCGACUAAGAGUCAAGAACCUCUAAAACCACAGGAGAACGUAUCACGACCCAUUCACCAUCCUUUAGUUUUAAAAACCAACUUUGAGGAAGAAGAGGAGGAAGGAGAUGAACAAAAUGAUGCUUCUAGUUUGUGGACAAAGACUCCUGAAGAAAUUGAAGAAAAAAGAGCAAUAAAAGAGAUGUGUUAUAAAUCUGGUGAAUACUACAGAUUGCAUACUCCUCCAGAUAUUUCAUCAUCAAAAAGCAUAACUCCUACAGUGGAAAAAGAGUUAGAAAAGCCUUUGGAAAAUGGCAGUGAAUUACAAGAAGGGGAUGGUCUUACAGUUCCAACAAAAUUUAGCCUAUUUGAAAGGCAAGGUGAGAUAAAAACAUCACUGGAUGGGAAACCAAGGACUGACAUUGCUGCUUUUGAAAAUGGAGGGGGUGACUGUUAUGUUCCGCAGAGGAUCAUAUUUCUUGGAGUAGAUGAAAGUGAAGCUUUAACUGAAGAGAAAGAAAGCACCAUGUCAAAAUGUUUAAACACUAAAGAUAACAAGGACAGUCCUCAUCCAAAGCGUUCCCUAACUACCCGACUAGUACCUACAACGCAUGUAUUAAAUGCUACUGAGAAUAUCAGUAUGAAGUGCACAGAGGACCCCUCUUCAAUGAAUGAUGUCCAGCCAGUGAGGAAGCCUCAUUUUAAAGGUGUGAAAAAAAGAAAAUGGAUUUAUGAUGAACCAAAGAACUUUCCUGGCCCAGGAAUGCGUAGAGCCAUACAGGCCCCAAAUCCCAAAAAUAAAAUGACUUACCAUCGAAAUAAUAAACACAGAAAUGCUGAGAAUGCAUCCUAUAUCCAUGUUCAGAGAGAUGCUGUCAGAACUGUCUCAUUGAAUGCACCUCCCCGCAGCAGGGCCACAAAUGGGUCCUACAAUAAAGCUGAUGUUAACAAGGAACCCAAACUCAAUCUCUGUCCAGACAAAUAUAUGUCAUCAUCCUAUAAUGGUUCAGCCUGGCAAAAAAGGAUUCCCUUUACGAAAACAUAUUCAAAAACUGAAAAGAUAUAUACAGAGCCACGAAGAAAUGGGAGCAAGUAAACCUGGAGGUUGAGAGAAGAGAAAAAUGAGAAAAGAGAAAAGUGCCAGACAUCAUCUGAUUUAUAAUCAAAAAUGAAAAUUCAAAGAAUGAGAUAUUCAAGUACUCCAUACUAUAUACUGGAUAGCCAAAGAUGAUA